AUGGUCUUGAUAAAAUCAUACAAAUGUAAACGAGAUCGCCGGAGAAAAAGUAAAGUGAAAAAGUGGAGUAGACCAAGGAAAGUUUGCAUAAUUAGGAAAAACUUCUUUGAUGGGUGCUCCAGCAAUAUCAGCAAUAACAAUAGUUGCAAUUUCACUGUUUUGCCAACACGUCAGACGUUAACUUAUGCAGAAGCCCAGAAGUUUGUUGAUGUGCUGACUGACGGACAUGUACAUAGAUUGGAUAUUUUGGAUAGGCUUGUUAUUGAAGAUUCAACAAAUACAAUAAAAACUAUAGAAAGUCACUUCUGUUUUGAAAAUAAUGAAAUGUCUCCUCCUAUAGCUGGUGUUAAGACCUGUUCUGUUAAGGAAAUUGAUUAUUCAAUCUCAAACACUUCUGAUGCAAAUUGCAAAAAGCCUAACUCAUUUGGUCUGCCAGUUUCUUAUAUAAGAUCUUUUGAUUUGCUGCCCGAUGAUUUGGAUACAGAAGUAGAGUAUGAUGUUGAUGAAGAGGACAUACACUGGUUGAAACUGUUGAAUGAACAUCGCAAGUUACAAAAGCAGAGCACAUUGUCUGUUGACAUGUUGGAAUGCAUCCUUGAUAAACUGGAGAAGGAAUCUCACGUCAUCACGAUGUCCUCACCAUUCGUACCAUCAUCAACAACACUGAAUGACCAUAAUAAUGUCAAGAAGUAUAGCAGCAGUAGAAACCUUAACUCCAGCUUCAGUAAUAAAAAUACUACUGACAACAAUAUCACCAGUAACAGUAAUUGUAGCGAUGCUAGUAGAUCAAACGAUGUUUCAAAAGAUGGAAAGUUGAAAGUACAAAAAUGUGGUGUAUGUCGUGAGUCACAAACGUCACCAACCAAUGCAAUGAUUGUCUGCAAUGGUUGCUCACUAACUGUUCACCAGGAUUGCUAUGGAGUUCCUUACUACCCUGAUGGAGAAUGGUUGUGUAAGAAAUGCUUGAAGUCUCCGAACACUCCGGUGAAAUGUGUCCUGUGUCCAUGCUCAUGGAGGAGUCAGGGAGGAGGUCCAGGGGCCAUGAAGCAGACAGAUGAUGGCCGAUGGGUUCAUAUAUUAUGUGCUCUCUUCAUUCCAGAGGUAACAUUUGGCAGCAAUGUCUAUCUCGAACCAGUCGAGAAAAUUGAAAAAGUGCCACGAUGGCGGUCAGAGAUGCGAUGUUGGGGGUGUAACAGAACGGGUCGUGGAGCUUGUUUGUGCUGUCAAGCGCCUCAGUGUUGUCGAUCGUUUCAUGCACUCUGUGCUAUAAAAAAGGGAUGCUUUUUGAAGAUAUUUAACUCAUCUCUGUCUUCAGCAUCUGCUGAUUUUUCUGGUACAAAUAGUGUUAAUAAUUUUAGCAGUAAUAAAACGACUAAGAGAAUUGGUGAUAGAAGAAAUAGAUUGUUUUACUGCCAUAGACACAAACAUUUAGCAUACGAGGACAAACAACGAAAUGCUGAUUGUAGUGAAAAAAAAUCUUCAUUCAACAAUUUAUCUCUACAUUCAUACCUCGCUAGUUCAUCAACAGCGUUCCCGUCUAGAGUGAAUGGGUCUGUAAGGCCUAAAAAGAUAUCCUCUUCUCUCACAAGGUUGAAAAACAAUAGCAGAGGCAGAAAGGAACUGCUUCACACACGAAGACAACGACAACGUCGACCUUUGAACCAUCGCCAACCACAGUAUCUCUCAGAAAACAAAUUAGGAACGAAGCGAGCUAAAAAGAGAUGUAGAUCAAAAAUGGCUGGAGACGUCAAUCAACUUACUCAUCUGUCUAUGCCUAUUGAAAUACCUGACAUUCCUCAACACAGAUUAGAAGCCCUGUCUACAAGCCUACCUGUGCGAGACAAAGAGUUCCUCAUGGCCUGUAUACACAGGUAUUGGCUGCUGAAGAGACAUUCCAGAGAUGGACUGCCCUUAAUUCAAAGAUUGCAACAGAUACUACUCAUUCAUCAAACUAUUAAAUUUAAGAUUGGUUCAUCAAGGGACAUAGUUAAUAGUAGUAGCUUGUUUCCUGUAUUGCAGAUUCAGUUGGAAUCUUCAUCGAGGAGCACCACCACGACCACAGCAACUACAAGGAUGCCAUCAUCUAUGUUAUCAGCAUCUUCAUCAUCAACAGCGGCAACAAUGAUGAUGUCGUUGGAUGAAAAUAGUUUGAAGUUGUUGAGGAGAUGGAGGCAGGAUUACGAGAAGGUACGUCUGCUCCUGGAACUCAUCCGCAAGAGGGAGAAAAUGAAGUUUGAGUUGGUAAAACUGAAGGAGCACAUGUUGGAGCUACAGCUGGAGCCAUUCAAUGUCCUACUGAAACAUACUCUCGAACAGUUGAUGAUGAAGGAUGCAAUUGGGUUGUUUGCCUAUCCAGUAACUGAUGAGGAGGCCCCAGGGUACAGCGACAUAAUCUCUCAUCCCAUGGAUUAUUGGACAAUGGGUGAAAAAAUCAACAAUCACCAGUACUCAAACUUUGAUGAAUUUGAAUCCGACUUCCAACUCAUAAUUGACAACUGCACGCUUUACAAUGGUGCUGGCUCAGUUCUGGAUAACAUAGGAAUCAGGCAUAAAAAACAGUGUGCCAUUAUUCUGGAGUCUGCCAGGAGGAUGUGCAACCGGGCGGGAUACUGUCCCAUUUCCGGUGUUCACGUUACCAUGGAAACCGAAGGAAAUGAUAAUGGAGAAUGUAAAUUAGAGGUUGAUAGCAGUAGAACUGGUGACACGAGUUUGAACGACACUGUACUCUACAGUUUGAAUGGGGACGGUGAUGAUGAACUGUUGAAUGAUAGCGACGUUAAGAGCAAUCACAUUCACCAUCACCAUCGACGUUAUCUGCGAACUUUUGUCAAUCGCUGUAGGAUUGAUGGGAAGAACAACAGAAGGAAUAUUUGCACUGCUAAUUAUAAUUCAGUAGAUAAGAAAGUUAUGAAUGCCGUGAAUGUUGCAGACGAUUUUGGUAGUCCUGAUGCUGAAAUGACCAAUGAGAAGAAAGUGCUGGACAGCAGACUGGAUGAAUUGCUCAGCAGACUGGAUGCUCUUUAUGUUAUUCAUUCAAAAAACCGACUGUACCAGAUAAAGAAAACUAAAAAAGAAAUUGCUAGAUUGCGUAGGAGGAUAACUUUCAUUGACCAACAACUGACCAAUCACAAGACACCACGCUCCUGUAGUUCUAGGAGUAAAUCUAAAAGUAAAUCUGCUAGCCCGCCUGUGACUAGGAACUUGAGGUCGUGUAGGGCACUGGUGUUUCAAGGUUACUAA